AUGCUGACUCCGUUCGUGCUUGGGUCAUUACCUAACGCCGCGAACCAGAACAGCGCACCGCCUAAGUCUUCGACGACGUCGCGCGUCGAGACCCGUUCUGCCUACCCGCCGCGUAGCCAACACCUCCCUCCUCUAGAGCAUAGCGACGCUGUAGCCGCCGCCCCUGACCCGCCGGCGACCGCUACGAGCGACACACAGCGGCGUCGCGCCACCCUCGGUGUACGGACGGAGCUUUGUCCGCCACCCUACCCUAACGCCGCGCGCCCGCCGCGUGCGACGCCGCCGAUACCCUACGACCGCGAGGCCGGACGGCAGUACGGCAUGCCGUCCCUCACCCUUAACACGGGGCAGGCGGCGGCCGGGUCGUCCUCCCACGGGCCUCCCGCGCCCCAGCCCUCCUCGAUCCCCUCCUCAGCCACGAACCCGCCUGCGCCCGCCCCAGCCGCGCGAGCGCCCGCGCCUACGCCUCCGCAGCCGUCGGCCCAGACGCCGUCGCGCCCGUCGUCGCCUGCGCGGCCGUCCUACAGCCCCAUCACCCCGCCGCUGAACCCGGUAUCCUCGCUUCCGGCGGGGGCGGGGGCGCCGCGCCCGACCUACACGCACGCGGCCGGCCGCGCCGAGCACGCCGCCGCCGCCGCCCCGCCGCCGCCGGCCCCCCUCGACUUCGCCGCGAACCCCGACGUGCUCGCCCUCAAGUCCGCCAUCUCCAUCCUGCAGCUGCAGCGCCGCAAGGCCGAGAGCGACAUGGCCGCGCUCCAGCGCGUCAAGGCCGCCGCCCUCGCCCGCCCCGACGCCUUCGUCCGGGACCUGGUCGCCGGCCGCGUCCGCGCCGAAGGCGACCGCCUGUUCCCCGCCCCCGCUGCCCGUCCUGGCGAUGGCGGCGGCGACGGCGACGGCGAUUCUGACUCCAGCUCCAGCUCCAGCUCCAGCUCCGGCGCAGCCUCGACCCGCUCGCGACCCGCCCCUUCGGGCCUGGAUCCCGUCGCCGGGGGCCCGGAGACGAGCGGCGCCGCGAGGAAGCGGAAGCCGGAGAAGCCGAAGGGCAAGGGCAAGGAGCGAACCAAGCGGCGGAGCCCCGCCGACUCGGAGCCGGCCCCGCCCUGGGCCACGCUGCCCAAGCCGCAGAACGUCGUGCGCUGCCCGCCCAUCAACUGGUCGCAGUACGCCGUCGUCGGCGAGUCCCUCGACCGGCUGCACGCCGAGCAGCUGUCGAGCCCCUCGCAGGGCGGCCCCGCCGUCCUCACCCCCGACGGCCAGUACGACUUCAGCGCCGGCGCCGGCAACGUGGGCGUCCGUGGGGGCAGGCAGGAGAAGCUCAUCGGCAUCGCCGCCCCCUACCUCCCGGGCAGGGACAAGCUCGAUAAGAAGCCCAAAGCCUCGAGACGCUGAGCCGGAGAAGAGAGGGAGAGGUUGGACGUACGUACAUGCGUAGCUUGCAUAAAUUAGCGCGCGACUACCUACGUACUUACAUACGUAACUCGCAUAAAUGAACACAUUCCCACGUACGUACGCGCACAUUUGUAUAUCACCUAAUUUAUCGUCAUUCUUAUCAUGACACUUAUGCUUCCACAACCCUCACGCAACGCACUGUAGCGCGUUAUUCCACGCAAUGUCGUUGCAACAGACGGAUACGUAACACAUCAGCAACUUGUAUGUAGCGUCAAAAUCCCUUAACGAGGCCCCCGACUGACCGAAAAUCCCGAAGUCGUGAUAUAGCCCAUGGGAACAAAGGUAUCAAUCCCAGUCUAGAAGCCAGCGA